CCUCCCUAAGUGCUGGGAUUGCAGAUGUAAUACGUAUACCUUCUCUCUCUCUCUCUCUCUCUGCUAAAGGAUUUGAAAGUGAGUUGCAGACAUUCUGAUGCUUCAUCCCUCACUCUGUCAGCAUGGAUCUCCUAAAAAUGACCCCCACCCCAUGACCAUUAGUAUUGCUGAAAAAAUGAACAUGAAUCAACAAAUGUCUGGCAGAUAUGAGCUUGUGGUAUUUAUUGAGCUCCUGCUAUGGGCCAGGCCUGGCACUUGGCUCAGCCCCUCUUUCUCUCACUUGACCCUCAGAACCAUAGGCAGUAGCCAUGCAUUCUCUGUACUUUACAUAAGAGGAGAUGGACUCAGAGAGGCAAAGUGACUCACCCAAGGUCACACAGCUUUGUAGUGUGGUGGUCAAGGUGGAGCUUGACUGGAACCUAGGCCUGUGUGGCUAUACCCACUGUGUUCAUGGUGGCGCCGCCCCUUGACCAGCAGGCCCCUUGGAAUGCAUCCUUCCUAGGCUUGGCCAGGAUACUGUGUCACUUGAGAAAGAAGUCAGCAUGGCACUCUCCAUGUUCAUGAACCAAGGCCCAGAGAAGUGAAAGGACCCGCUGGAGGUCACACGGCGAUUGAAUGGGGCCAGCCUUUAGCCUCCUGCCCCUCGUCCCCACAGUCCAUCAGUGGGUACCCUCUGCCCCCUCCGUUAGGGACAGCCCAGGUAAGGUGGCUUCCCUGGGGAUUCAUUUAGAUGUGGGAAUCAUUCCAGAAGGACAGGCCGCAGCUGGGAAGAGAGAGGCUGGUGCUGUCAACAGAGUCAGUCUAGAAGCCUGGCUGUGCCACUUUUUAGCUUGGUGACCUUGGGCAAAUGACUUAACCUCUCUAAUGCUCAGUUUCUCCUAAGCCUACCUGCCAAGCUUAUUCUGAGGCUCCAGAGGGGUGGGCCUGAGGCUCCAACAGUGCUGGGCACCUUGAAGGCAUUUUUAAAAUGUUUCCAUUUCUCUUCCCACCCUUCGUUUAUAGCGUCUUGCCUUACUAGGCAUUCAAUACAUUCAAGAAUGCAUGAAUUCGGUUAGCGACCCUUUAUGGGAAACCCGCCCUGUGCCAUGCGCUAGGCCUUGGAGAGUCAAUGGGGAGCAAAACACAUGGCCCUUCCCCCGGUAGAGCUUACGAAUGGUGGGAGACACGGCUCAGUCUGCCAGGACAGUGCUGCAGGUGUUGGACAAGUGGUGAAUAUCAAGGCCAAGGUGAACCGGGCCUUCAACUCCAGCAUGGAGGUGGGCAUCCAGGUGGCCUCGGAGGACCUGUGCUCUGAGAAGCAGUGGAAUGUGUGCAAGGCCUUGGCCACCUUUGUGGCCCAUCGAGAGAUCACCAAGGUGAAGCUGAAGCAGAUCACGCCACGGACAGAGGAGGAGAAGAUGGAGCACAGCGUGGCGGCCGAGCGCCGGCGCAUGCGCCUUGUGUAUGCGGACACCAUCAAGGACCUCCUGGCCAACUGCGCCAUUCAGGACAAUCUGGAGAGCAGAGACUGCAGCCGCAUGGUGCCGGCCGAGAAGACCCGUGUGGAGAGCGUGGAACUGGUCCUGCCUCCCCACGCCAAUCACCAGGGCAACACCUUUGGGGGCCAGAUCAUGGCCUGGAUGGAGAAUGUGGCCACCAUUGCAGCCAGCCGGCUCUGCCGUGCCCACCCUACGCUGAAGGCCAUUGAGAUGUUCCACUUCCGAGGCCCGUCCCAGGUCGGCGACCGUCUGGUGCUCAAAGCCAUCGUGAACAAUGCCUUCAAACAUAGCAUGGAGGUGGGCGUAUGCGUGGAGGCCUAUCGCCAGGAGGCUGAGACCCACCGACGCCACAUCAACAGUGCCUUUAUGACUUUCGUGGUCCUGGACGAAGAUGACCAACCUCAGCUGCUGCCCUGGAUUCGGCCCCAGCCUGGGGAUGGUGAGCGGCGGUACCGAGAGGCCAGUGCCAGAAAGAAGAUCCGUCUGGACAGGAAGUACAUCAUGUCCUAUAAGCAGACAGAGGUGCCCCUCACUGUCCCCUGGGACCCUAGCAACCAGGUGUAUCUGAGCUACAAUAACGUCUCCUCCCUGAAGAUGCUCGUGGCCAAGGACAACUGGGUGCUGUCCUCAGAGAUCAGUCAGGUCCGCCUGUAUACUCUGGAGGAUGACAAGUUCCUCUCCUUCCACAUGGAGAUGGUGGUGCAUGUGGACGCAGCCCAGGCCUUUGUGCUGCUCUCGGACCUGCGUCGGAGGCCUGAGUGGGACAAGCACUACCGGAGCGUGGAGCUGGUGCAGCAGGUGGACGAGGAUGAUGCCAUCUACCACGUCACCAGCCCUGCCCUUGGAGGUCACACCAAGCCCCAGGACUUCGUGAUCCUGGCUUCCAGGCGGAAGCCUUGUGACAAUGGGGACCCCUAUGUCAUCGCGCUGAGGUCGGUCACACUGCCCACACACCGAGAGACGCCAGAGUACAGGCGUGGAGAAACCCUCUGCUCAGGCUUCUGCCUCUGGCGCGAGGGUGACCAGCUGACCAAGGUGUCCUACUACAACCAGGCCACCCCGGGCGUUCUCAACUAUGUGACCGCCAAUGUGGCCGGCCUCUCCUCUGAGUUCUACACCACCUUCAAGGCUUGCGAGCAGUUUCUCCUGGACAACCGGAAUGAUCUGGCCCCCAGUCUCCAGACCCUCUAGAUGCCCUCAGUGGCCACAUCCUGCCCACCCCCACUCCAUCCUGUUCCCAAGGACUCACACACAGUGCCUGGAGAAAGGCAAAGGCCUUUAUUUCUUCCUGCCUCUCCAUGGGCAGCCUCCGCCCUGAGGUCCACUGGCCCACCACCCCAGGUGCUCAGUUUCUGCCAACGUCGGCCAGCAAGUCCUUGCGGUACCCCUGAGGCAGCCUGUAGUAGACUCGGGUCCUGUCCACAGCCCUGGCUGCCAGCAGCGCUGCCCUCACAGAGGCAUAGUCGCCCCCAGAUGGGCUGUGCUCCACUGUGACGGUGGCCCGGGGGGAAGAGGCCAGCAGCCUGGCUACGGCUCCAGCUGUGCUGUGGCCCAGUGGCGUGGCCGCCAUCUGGAAGGACACAGGUUGCCAGAGCUCCUGGCACAGCUCUAGCAUGUCUGUGAGCAGAUGUUCCCUGUAGCCGCUGUCCAGCACCUCAUCAGGCCAGCCUGGUGCCACAGUCACGUGGGGGAAGACCUCCGCCACAGCUGUAAGUAGCUCUCUGCCAGCCACAUAGCCAGGGACCGAAAAACUCCCGUGGGAGAUUUUGGCCCCCACCCACACAGGCGAGUGCAAGAGGCCAAGGCUGGAGAGGCGUGCCAGCAAGGCCAGGGAUGGCCGGAGAGCUGCGGGCUCCUCUAUCUGCAAAUGGACGCCCCAGUGUCGGGGAUGCGUGGCCAGCUGCUGCAGGCAGGACUCCAGCGUCAGGUUGCUGCCACUUGGAGCACGAACAAUGGGCACGGGGUUCUCAGCCACAGUUCCCUCGAGACCAGUGUUCAGCAGGAUCAUGCCUUCUGUGUCUGGAAGAGGCAGCAGAGGCAACAGUGUUUAAGAUUUGGGUUAUGAUAGGGUAUUAGAGUCCUUUGCUAAAGGGGCAGUGGGAGUUCUGGGGGCAUCCAAGGGCCUUGCCUCUCUGGAAUCUGUCAACCCAGUUUUGGGCUCCAGGUGGAUGGGUUGCUUUAUAAAUGGGCCUGGUGCAUAAGAAACUCUUGCUUCAGCUCUUGGUCUUUACCUGUGACUCAGCCUGGGGGCCAGUGCCAGCCUUGCCCACAGCACCGUGGCUGGGGGCUGGUCUGAAGGCCAGGAGCCCUGUGCUCUUCACACCACUGUACUCCCCCUCCCUCUCCUGCAACCCUGCCCCACCUUGCCUCCAGCGCAUGGUGUAAAUAAACCUGUGUUGCCAUGGCAACAGA